AUGAGAACUCUUGCAGACUAUAUAAAUAGUUGCGAAUUUGAAUGUAAUGAUCCUGAUAAGGAUAACAUCUUACUUGAGAACGAUGAUUAUAGUAUUACAACUAACAAUACUUGUGAAAUUCCAGCAACACUUACUACAAAUGAUAGCAAUAGUGAAGAUACUCAUGAAUUUUUGUUCGAUUAUGAAGCAUUUCAAAAUGCUAAAGAAAAAGCUAGUUUAGAUGAAUGUAAUAAAGUUAAUAUCGAUAUAAUAUGGGAGGAUAUGGACUCAAUUGAAAAAGAUUCUAUUGAAAAAAGUUCAACAAUUAGUUCUGAUAAAAACUAUCUAAUAAGUGAUAUUGACUAG